AUGGCUUCAGAGAGAAAACGUAUGAAAAGAACCAUCAGUGAAGAAGCAGCAGGGGGCAGCACUGAGCCAGGUGUCUGCGUCAGAACAAAAUCCUCAGUGUCCAGUGCUGUGUCCCUGAAGAGUGACCGGUCUAUGGAGCAUCCACCAGACUUCAGUCUUGAAGCUGCUUCUUCAAAACCACAAUCCUCAGUGUCCAGUGCUGUGUCCCUGAAGAGUGACCGGUCUAUGUGGUUUCCACCAGAGUUCAGUCUUGAAGCUGCUUCUUCAAAACCACAAGAAAAGUCACUGCUGGACUCCAGCCCCAGGGCCCAAGACCUCAGGGCCCAAGACCUCAGGGCCCAAGACCUCAGGGCCCAAGACCUCAGGGCCCAAGACCUCAGGGCCCAAGACCUCAGGGCCCAAGACCUCAGGCCCAAGACCUCAGGGCCCAAGACCUCAGGGCCCAAGACCUCAGGGCCCAAGACCUCAGGGCCCAAGACCUCAGGGCCCAAGACCUCAGGGCCCAAGACCUCAGGGCCCAAGACCUCAGAGCGACACAAGGUUUGUCUGUUUCCCUGUUUAUGA